AUGGAUAAUUGCAAUGAACUGGCGCUGACAUUAGAAAGGACGUUAUCUCCUUUACGAGAGGAACGUAGGCGAGCGGAAAACAUGCUAAAGACAAUGGAGCUUCAACCCGGGUAUUCCGUUUGUCUGCUCGCCCUUCUGCAGGAUCCCUCACGGCCGAAAACUAUUCGACUUUCUGCGGCUACAACUCUCAAGAACUUCAUCAAACAUUAUUGGAAAGCUGAGGCGGAAUCAGAUAAUCUAAUUCCGGAUUCCGAUCGAGAACAACUGAAGGCUCAGUUAAUUAAUGCGAUGCUUACUAGCACUGGCGCUAGCCAACACAUGCUCUCUGAAGCCAUUGGUCUUAUUGGUCAUGCGGACUUUCCAGCUCGUUGGCCUAGUUUACUCCCUGAUAUCAUCCAGCGGAUCACUCAACUUGGUACUGAGCUCGAUAGUGUUCAAGGCCUCCUCUAUACUGCUCACUCUCUUUUUAAACGCUACCGACACGAGGAGCGUUCCGACGCGCUAUUCUCGGAAAUGAAGUUCGUUAUCGGCCAAUUCGCCGAACCUUUAACCACUUUGGCGGCAAAUCUCAUGAACCUGGUUAUUGGUCCCAAUCGUUUGACUAACGGUAAUCAGUUAGUUCCCGUAAUGCAUGCAUUGCUUCUCGUCUGCAAGAUUUUCCUCAGUCUCAACUGUCAGGAUUUACCGGAAUUCUUUGAAGACAACAUGAGUCAGUGGAUGGGAAUCUUUCAUCAGCUCCUUACUCUCGAUCCACAAAUCACAGAGUUGAUCAAUUCCUCAGCAAUGGGUGCUGACGCAAUAGGAGACUCGUCUUUGGCAGGCGCCUUGGUAGAACAAGUAAAAUCGCAGAUUUGCGAUAAUAUCACUCUCUACGCCACCAAAUACGGCUCAGAUUUUACAAGUUAUCUCCCAGAGUUUGUAAAGGAUGUUUGGGAGAUGCUCACUUCCAUGAAAAACACGCAAGAUCCGAAGUAUGACAGGCUCAUCGGUAAUGCGCUUGAUUUUCUCAAGUCGGUUGUGUCUCGUCCCCAGCAUAGAGCGCUUUUUGAGGUGCCGGAGACUCUACAAAAGCUUUGCGAACUCAUUGUUUUACCCAACAUCCAGCUCUCGGGCAAGUAUAUUUGGACCUUGAGUUAUACCGCUUCUGCUUUUACAAGCUUGAGGGUUUCUAGUGACGAAGAGUUGUUUGAAGACUCCCCUGAGGAGUAUAUUCGCCGGGACUUGGAGGGCUCCGAUGCUCACACGCGUCGUCGAUCUGCCUGCAACCUGGUCUACGCUCUUUGUGAAGCCUUUGAAGCUCCCGUAAUCAAUAAUUUUGCUCGCUACAUUAACCACCUUUUGGCAGAGUACGCCAACGCCGUGGCGGCUGUUGCCACCAACAACAACAGUAACACUGCGGCUGGAAACAGAACUGUGCCUACGGCAGGUUGGAGUAAUAAGGACUCUGCUCUCCUCCUUGUCACGUCUCUGGCUGCUAAAGGCAAAACAGAAAAGUUUGGAGUUAUUUCGGCCUCGAGACUGGUGGACAUCCCAAAGUUUUUCGAGACUCAUGUCCUCCCGGAGCUGCAGAAUCCUAAUGUCGAUCAACUGCCGGUGAUAAAGGCAGACUGUCUACGUUAUGCCAUCACCUUCCGUGGUCUUUUGCCCUCCACGGCAAUUCUGAGUCUCUUCAACUUUGUACCCAAUUUUCUUACCGCUUCCUCCAUUGUCGUCCACAGUUACGCUGCCAUUCUUCUUGAAAAAUUCCUUCUCAUGACUGUUCCAGAACGCCCUGUUCUCACGCCUUUAAUCAGUAAGUCCGAUGUACCCAACCCCGAGGGUCUCAUUCAGCGUUGCCUUGAGGCUCUUUCUCGACCUGCAUCAUGUGAAAGCGUCUAUCUCAUGAGAGCUCUCCUUCGAAUCUGCAGUUGCUUGGAGGAUCGGUGUUUACCCUCCAUGAAUUCGCUUGUUACUACUUUGGUCAUGCGACUGGGUCAGAUUGUCAAGAAUCCUUCCAAACCGCAGUUCAAUCACUUCCUCUUCGAAUCACUCUGUCUUUGUGUGCGGUUGACGUGUGCCGCAGACCCCUCUUCAAUUGCACACUUUGAGGCGGCUCUCUUCAUGAUUUUUCAGGAAAUUCUCCAACAAGACAUCACAGAGCUUUUCCCCUAUGUCUUCCAACUGCUUGCAGUGAUGUUGGAGCAGUAUCCCCUUGGUUCCAACGUUCGCGAUUUGUGCGCACAGAAGAGGAAGAUGGCAGGCUUGGAGCCAGAACCACAAAUGGCAUCAUUGCCGACUCCAAAUAUGGCCUAUCAGGCCCUUUUACCACGUCUCCUAGUCCCUCCUCUAUGGGAGACCCAGGGAGCUGUCAUGUCACUUGCACGUCUAAUGCAGGCUUACCUUCUGCACAACGUGGAAGCUGUUCUGGCAACCAAUAAGGUUGAUGCCAUUCUCGGCGUGUAUCAGCGACUCCUCAACUCCAAGACCAACGACGUCUAUGCCUUCACCAUCAUAUCUGCCUUUCUUCUCGCCUUUCCACGAACUUAUCUGGAGCCCCUUCUCCCGCAAAUCUUUAUUUGCAUUUUCCAGCGUCUUCAAGCUGCCAAAACGGAAAAGUUCAUGCGAUCUUUGACUGCCUUCCUGGCUCAUUUCGUCCUCACCUUUGGUGCCAAUGAUUUGGUAAGAAUUAUGGACAAGGUGCAGGACAGGAUAUUCUCCAAAGUCCUUGCCAAGGUCAUUCUCCCUCAUGCCGAAAUAGCCAUCUCUUUACCCAUGGGAGUGAAUAAUCCCACCUUUGUCCUCACGGGUGCGUUCUCUCAACAAAAUUUUACUUUUUAG